AUGAAAUUAAAAUCAGCAAUUGUUUUCUUAGAUUAUUCUUUGAAACCUAGAGUAUUCUAAUUAGAAAGAUAUGCCAUUAAGAAACUUGAAAAACCUGAUGGCUAUAAAUUAAUCUAUUUCAAAGAGUUCGAAAAAGCACAAUAAUUUGCCAUUCAGGCACAAUAAUUAUUGGAAUUGAAGCAUGUUGAAAAUUUAUAAUAAAUGAUGAUUUCAGACAUCAGUUUAAUAAGAGAGAGAAGUUAAAAAGAUGGAUAAAUAAGAGAAAUUAGUGUUUAAUAAUAAAAUGUUUUCGAUAAGACUUAUAAUGUAGAAAAUACAAAAAUAUAAAAUAGUUAAUUCAAAUACAAAUAGGAGAAUAAGAUAGAUAAAUAGUUUAAAAUUGAUGAUACUAAUUAAAAGGAUUUUUAUGGUAUUUUAGAUGAGAUUGAAGAUAAAAUGAAGAAAAUAUCAAUUAGCAGAUAGAGAUUAGUAAAAUUGGAGUAAUUGGAUUAGUAAUUUGCCACUCUCUUACAUUAUUAUCCAAAAAAUCUAGAAAUUAUUCCAAUUUAAACAGAUAGUCUUUAUACACUUUAUUUCGACGGUGCAAGUAAAUCUAAUCCAGGUCCUGCUGGUGCUGGCAUAGCCUUGUUCGAUAAAAUGAAACUAAUUAAAGAAAUAACUUAACCUUUGGGGAAGUAAACAAAUAAUGUGGCCGAGUUUUUGGCUUUGUUUUUUGGAAUUAGAUACACUUUAAACUUGGGUAUAAACUUUUUAGAGUGUUUUGGAGAUAGUAAACUUGUAAUAGAUGGGAUGAAUAGUAAGAUCAAUUUUAAGCAACAACAUUUGGAAGACAUUAGAGUUGCCAUAUGUGAUUAUGCUUAGUUAUUUAAGAAGGUUAAAUAUACUCAUAUUUCGAGAGAUCAGAAUCAAAUCGCUGAUAAAUUAGCUUCAACUGCUGCUCAAAUAUAGAAAAAGAAUGAGCUGUGA